AUGAGAAUACAACCUCCUUCAUUGUGCAAUUCUCCCGCAAAGGCACCGACCCCCCCCCCUCCCCCCAGCUUCUGCAGCCCUAUGCGUCUCUCUACGCUUCUGUUGAUGCUUCCACUGAUUGCUCAUAGUGGCGCCGUCUCCAACAGUAGAACUGCUAUCCAAGACGUUGACGAAAGCUUAGCAGAGCAAAAUCGGUUUCUUCGGUUGAAUGGGGGAAUGCCUGGUGACGAGAAAGAGAGGCUCCUGAAUUUUGGGUCGUAUAAAAAUUGA